AUGCUUGCCACCUUCUCCCUUCUGCUCGGCGCCGCCGCCGUGAUGCCAUUUGCCACUGCACAAGUCAGCAUCGAAGGCUAUACCGGACGACAAUGCAACAGCGCGCUGGAAUUCACGGUAACGGCGAGCGACGACUGCACCAAUGUUCAAGCUCUCUCGUCGAACGUCAACUCGCUCGUCAUCAGCGGCACCCUCGACUCUAGCACGGGCGACGGCGAAGUGUUUCUCUACAGCGAUACGGCUUGCGCGAACCAAAUCACGGGAAUUUUCCCCAAUGCAGACGACCCGGAGUGUUAUGUUCCCGACGAGUCGACGUAUCCAAACGGGGUCGGUUCUUUCAAAGUUGGUCCGGCCCAAUGA